CAGAAAUAAUAGAGAGAAUUUUUUAUUUUAUUUUAUUUUAUUUUAUUUUAUUUUUGGGUUUGUUUCCAGCCCAUCUACUGCUCCACACUCCAGUCCAGUAGGUGGCAGUAAUGCAUCUGAAAACUGGUUUGCCAACCGCCAUUCGACCCAAAGAAGAAGAACAACAAUCCGUCAUUGUCACUUCCGGCCUCCAGGUGGCAGCGCGGCGCCUUUGAUGAGCUGCUCUGCUGUAAACAUUAGCAGAAGAAGCUAGCUAGCUACUGUAAACAAAGCUGAGCGUCCAGUUCUGUUAAACUUCUCAAAAACUGCUUCAUGUGAGGAGAAAAUAUGAAUAUUAUUACUUCUGAAUAACACUGAAGUAAGUGGAGACUGAGUUAUUCACCGAACAUUUUAACGCUGACCGAGAAAUUAACUCGAAAAACGAGCUUUUAGUUAGUCAGCUAACUAUCUAGCAUAAACAUGCUAAAGUUAGGGCUAAAAAGAAACCUCCGGGGUUUUGACGACUCUGCCGGUCCGACAGCAGCAGUUCAGUCCCGGCCCGGGAGCUGCCAUGAGCCGGCCUGCUGUGUGACUGGAAGAUAAUGGCUGCAGAGCUGUUUCCCACCAAGAAGCUGGUCCCCUCCGCCUCAGCGAGCAGCACCACCUCGUCCAUCCACCAGUACCAGCAGCAGAACCUGACCAACAACAACACCGCCACCGCCGCACAGGGCUGCUGCAACUGGCAGGGCCUGUACCCGACCAUCCGGGAGAGGAAUUCAGUCAUGUUCAACAAUGAGAUGAUGGCAGAUGUUCACUUUGUGGUCGGGCCGCCUGGCGGGACACAGCGAGUACCAGGACACAAGUACGUCCUGGCCGUCGGCAGCUCCGUGUUCCAUGCCAUGUUUUAUGGAGAACUGGCAGAGGAUCAGGACGAGAUCCGGAUCCCUGACGUGGAACCUCCUUCGUUCCUGGCCAUGUUGAAGUAUAUCUAUUGUGAUGAGAUCGACCUGUGUGCUGACACAGUGCUCGCCACCCUCUACGCCGCCAAAAAGUACAUCGUGCCUCACCUGGCCAGGGCCUGUGUCAACUUCCUGGAGACCAGCCUGAGCGCCAAGAAUGCCUGCGUGCUGCUGUCCCAGAGCUGCCUGUUCGAGGAGCCGGACCUGACGCAGCGCUGCUGGGAGGUGAUCGACGCUCAGGCUGAGCUCGCGCUACGCUCCGAAGGCUUUUGUGACAUCGAUGCCCAGACGCUGGAGAGCAUCCUGCGGCGGGAGACGCUCAACGCCAAAGAGAUGGUGGUGUUCGAGGCGGCGCUGAACUGGGCCGAGGCCGAGUGUCAACGACAAGACCUGAUGCCGACUAUUGAGAACAAGCGUCUGGUGCUGGGGAAGGCCAUCUACCUGAUCCGCAUCCCCACCAUGAUACUGGAGGACUUUGCCAACGGAGCAGCACAGUCCGGUGUUCUCACGCUCAACGAGACCAAUGACAUCUUCCUGUGGUACACCGCCGCCAAGAAGCCUGAACUGUUGUUCUGCACCAAACCUCGUAAAGGGCUGGCGCCACAGCGCUGCCACCGCUUCCAGUCCUGCGCCUACAGGAGCAACCAGUGGCGGUAUCGAGGCCGCUGUGACAGCAUCCAGUUCGCCGUGGACAAACGUGUCUUCAUUGCUGGCUUCGGCUUGUACGGCUCCAGCUGCGGUUCAGCCGAGUACAGCGCCAAGAUCGAGCUGAAACGCCAGGGCGUGCCGAUGGCUCAGAGGAUCAUCAAGUACUUCUCAGACGGCUCCAGCAGCACCUUCCCGGUGUCGUUUGACUACCCGGUGCAGAUCGAGCCUGAUACCUUCUACACCGCCAGCGUGGUGCUGGACGGCAACGAGCUCAGCUACUUCGGCCAGGAGGGCAUGACAGAGGUGCAGUGUGGUAAAGUGACCUUCCAGUUCCAGUGCUCCUCGGACAGCACCAACGGCACCGGAGUGCAGGGAGGCCAGAUCCCUGAACUGAUCUUCUACGCCUGAGAAGGACGCCGCUGCAGAGAUUCCUGCUUCACUGCCAUUUAGACUUUAACUUUAAAGUGUGGAGACGAAUUCUCAGGAAGCUGUUUGAGGAGGGACGGACUCCUGGAUUUACUGCUGAGCCUUUGAGACGCGACGAUUUGAAGAAGUCUGAAUCCUCACAUUCCUUCACACCUACGUUAUUGUUGUGUUUGUUUCAGAGUCGUUGAGUUGUGCUCAUCGCUGUCUCACUUUCUCUUCGUAAAGCAGGAAUUAUGAAUGAACCUGGGAGUCAUUGGUUACCAUUAGGGGUGAGAGAUAUAGGUGCAUAGUUUAUACUGUUUUAUAUUAUGAUAAAUAAUGAAACACUUCUUGUGGAAAAUGCAUUGGGAAACAGUUAAUGAAUGAAAUACCCACACAGGACUGUCGAUGAAUCAAAUACCUGAUAAAUCAAAGUACUUCAUCACAUUGGUGCAGAUAUUAGAUAAAAAUCCAAUAUUGGCAUAAAGCAGUGUUGAUAUCAGUCAUCGUUAUACAGCUUGUCCAUAAUGUCCCAACACACCCAGAGAUGUAAAAGGAAAGUUUAGGAAUGCAGGAUAAUGUCAGCACGUCAUCGAUAUCGACUGAUAUUGGCUUUAAAAUGACCUCAUCAGAAUCAGGCAACAUGCUUUUUCUUAUUUUGCACAAUGAAUGAAUAUCACGUACAUAAAAAGGUUUCUAUUUCAAGUCUCCAUCUGCCGGUGGGCCAUCAUGAUAAGAGUAUACAUGUAUGAUGUUAAUUCCACUACACAAGAGACUUGAUCACUAAAAUCAGGUGGGAAAAAAGUGGAUAUAUCGAUAUCGGUUAUCGGCCAAAUAAGUUGUUAAAUAUCGGAUAUUGGCAAAAAAUCCAGUAUCGUGCGUCCUGAGGAAAUUUACUGUAAUAACUGCAGUGAAAUCUCAGACGGUGUACGGAGAUAUACACUGAGAAUAUUUUGUUAUUUCCCCCACACGGACUUAUUGUAGGUCACAGAGGAACCAACACACACCUCCCAAACCUCAGCUAGGUGUGGUGUAAUCUCUCAAGACAGAUUCUGCAAUUUACAUUGUAGAAUCUGUCGGCAGCCCUGUGUGAAAGACAACUAGAGAGGAGGGGAGGGCGUGGCUUUGAGUUUGAACGAUGCUGCACUUUAGCCAAUCACAAUGGAGGGGGCGUGGCCGAGACGUGCAGGUGUCCCCAGGAAAUGUGUACCUACAAAAACAGCAAGCUCCGCGUCUCCAACCAAAACGCCGUCUCAUCAACGUGAAAAAAAAUAUUUUUUCCAGUGGAUGUCUUAGUUACAACAUGAUUGAGCUAACUGAAGUAGUUUCAUGUCGUAUCCUACAACGGGAGGCUUUUAGCAGAUGACGUCCUGAUGUUAGCUUUGCUGCUGCUGUUAGCUGUCCCUGUCAGCUGCAGUCUGAUGCUUUCUAGACAUCGUGAUUUCCCAUAACUGAAUUAAUACCACACAUAGCAACACAAAACUUCUUUGCUAGCUCAAUCAUGUUGUAACUAAGAUAUCCGCUGGAAAAAAUAUUUUAUUCACGAACCGUUUAUUGAGUUAUUACCUUAUUUUUAUACAGUCUAUGGUUAUUACAGACACCUCUAACGGCUAACGUUAACAGCUAACGGUUAGCCCAGCUAAUCUACGAUAUUAUUAUUGUUAUUAUUCACAAAACGUGCACACAGAAAUAAUAACGUUUGUUCAGUCAUUGUGUUUAUAGACUUAACAAACAUCAGAUUAGUCUACACGGUGAUAUAGUGACGUGAAAAAUGUGAUAUAUAGCUAAACUCUGCUGGUUUUCUACCUGAAGUAUUUGUAAACAACAUGGCGAUUCCCUGGGGGCACCGCCGGAAGUGAAGGGCGUGAGCGAUCGCCGAGGCCCCUGCACUUCCGUGAGUUGAAAACUCCGGGCUGUGCCUCCAGAGGUAAAGGAAGGAAAUUUUUUUUUUUUUUUUUUUUACCAAUGGAUUUCCAGAUUGGGUGUGGUGCAGCUCUGUGUGUUAAGAGAGCUGAUUGGUUAUGGAGGCGGUUCUUAAACGGACACAUUAAAGGGAUAGUUUGUAUUUUUUAAGCAGGGCUGUGUGAGGUACUUACCUAUAGUCAGGGUAUUACCUGCAGCAGGUGAUGGUCGACACUGUGCCUGUCAUGAUAAUAAUGUUACUGAUCUGUCAAGGUCAGAAAAAUAAUCAAGGUCACGUCCAUAUAUCCUGUGAUGCUGCCCAUUGUGUUUUAUUCAGGAUAUCUUAAUUUCCUUUCCACAUUCCAGCAUCUGAAUAUAACCAAGAAUUCUUUGGUCUUUGAAAGAGUGACGUGUUGUGCUGUUUUAUUGUCGUUACAUCAGCGGCAUAAAAUGCUCUUAAAAUAACAAUAAUAUAGUCUAUCACAAUUGUUUCUGGGACUAUAUGUCAUCCACCAAACAUAGUUACCAUGUAGGCCUAGUCAGUGCGCCCCCAGUUUGGAGAAGCAGGCAGGAAGUUACGUACUGCUGUGGAGGGGGGCAGCAGCGAAACAUAUCAUAGAUCAGUUUAAGUGUAUGCUGGAUUUAUUUUUAUUUAUAUUUUCAGCACUUUACGUUACUGUCAGACGGCCCUUCUGAUGUGGAACUGAAGCUGUUAUCUACCCUUCCUUCAAAUGCCUUAAUCAAAACAUUAAUUUUACCUCGCUGAACACAGGAGCUGCUGGUCUCACGCUGCCUCGAGUGGUUACAUCAGUGGUUCCCAACCGGUCCAGAUUUCUCCUUCGUCAUUUGUUGUAGGUCCACACAGUUUAAUACAUUCAGUGUCGUACUUGCAUUUGGCCACGUCAUGGAGCCGGUGUGUGUCUCUGUCUCGUAGCUAUGCGUUUAGUCUCUCACUCUUUAAGAUAAAAGCUGUGUGUACUCACUGUACUGGACUUUGGUGUGUUUAAGAGUUAGUGUGGAUUCACCAAAGUCACACAGUAACAAACAAACUCACCAAGGCAGUGGUUGACCAGCAGCUCCUGCGUUCAGCGAGGUAAAAUGACUAUUUCUGUCAGUAGUCUGGUGACUGAGCAGAGCAUAGAUAACAGUUUCAGGUCAGCAUCUAAAAGGACUGUCUGACGGUGAGGUAGAGAGGGGAAAAUAUUCCAAAUAUAGCAUUUACUUAUACUGAUACUGAUAUUUUUAUGUGGCUAAAAUACAUUUAGCUGCCGACCACGCCCACAGCAGGAUAUUGAUUAACUUCCUGUGUGCUUCUCCAAACUGGAGGAGAGCUGACAGACAUGCACUGUGGAUCAGUACCUCACACAGCCCCACCAUGCCAAACUUCUCCUUUAAACACUACGUCCAAAUUCUUGACACACAGAAAACAGUCAUGCAAAUGUGUCUGAAUCACACCUGUGCAAUUUACAUUAAGUUUCUUCUUUCUGACAUAUGUAACUUAUUUUUUCUUAACAAGCAAUCUAAAACCAAAAUAUUCUCAAAUUGCUGUCGACUGAUUUAAUUGAUUUUAGUAUUUGAAGUAUUAAUCUGACAAAGACAAGCCUGUUGCAGAGCACAUUUUAUUACAACUAAACUCAGUGACUCUUAAAUGUGUGUCAAAGCUCCAGUGUGUCAGAUGUAGGUGGAUAUAUGGGCAGAAAUAUAAGUGUGUUUUCUUUAGUGUAUACUCACCUGAAAAUGAGAAUCGUUGUUUUUGUUACCUUAGAAUGAGGCGUUUAUAUCUACACAGGGAGCAGGUCCUCGUCUACAGAGAUCACCAUGUUGCACCGCCAUGUUUCUACAGUAGCCCAAAGCGGACAAACCAAACACUGGCUCUAGAUAGGGACAUUUGGGAUCUCCUGUCAGCCACCAUACUUACCAGCCCCUCCAUGACGAGCAGCAUCGGAAAAAAAACAACAAUUUUUUUUGACAUGAAGCUUCUUUAUUCAGUGUUUUAUAGCGGUUUAAAUCAGCUGGUCUGUUUUCUCGGAGAGGAAGAGACCUCUGUGGAUAAUUCAGCUCCUGGUGAAAACCUUCUCAACAAUAAACACAAUGGAAUUCUAAGCAGGAGAAGUUUCAGCUGGUUACAAUCUGCAAUCCUCACCGCUAGACGCUACUAAAUCCCCGUAAAUCGUACACACUGGUCCUUUAAUGUGCAACACGUACAAACAGAUGUAUAAUAAGUAAAAUACGAAACACACUGUUUCACGGUUCAUUCACGAGCUGCCGUCAUGUCCUCAGUAAAAACAAGUUUUCAGUUUCUCGCCUUAAAGAGUUCAGUUUUCAGAUGAAAGAACCACAGAGACAGUAAAAUGUUUAAAUGUUGCUUGGUCAGCUGAUAAUUUCCUCCCAUGAUGUUCAAACUUUGGUUUCAUUUUAAGGAAUGUUCCUGCUGUUACUGAAGAACUGAAGAACUUACAAACACGUGUGUGUUCUGACCUGUGUUGUUUUGGUAUUUAAAGCUGAAUAAUACAUUUUUAUAUUUGUUAUCUGACAGCUGAUCACACUCCUGUCUGUUUUUAUACACUACUUUAGACAAACCGUAACCUUCCUCUGGUGCUCUGUGCUGUCUUCUUCCUCUCUGGUGACAUGUGGUGACUUAAAGGGGCAUUUCAUCCACAAUCCUCCUGAAACUCUACCUGCCCACCCCGCAGUCUGCCAGGCUGUCUGGAAGGAUUUUAACAGUAACUGUAACUUUUCUUGUGUUGCAUUUUAGCAUUUCUCAGACAUCACUGCGACAGAUAGUCAGCAACUCCUGUGCUUUUAUUUUUAAAAACUUGACAUCAUGUUCGUGCUACAUCCUGAUUUAGUGUUGCUUUAAUGUUGCAGUCGUGUGUAAAUACUCCCAUGGUCGUGUCCUGACGCACUUCUUCUUCUUCUCCUCCUCCGUCUACUCUCUUUGAAAAUGGAGGAGAACAAAAAAAUGUUUUAUAUGAUUCUAUAUUGAAGAAACAUAUUUUUGGAUGUCUUUGUUUCCUGUUACCUGAUUCCAACCAGAAUGUGCAGUGAGUCGGUGGCCUUAUGAAUGUGUUGUGACUAAUUUGGAAAUAAAAGGUUCAGUCGAU